AUGAAUCGUCGUCGAAGUCUGGCUUCUGUUUCUCUUCACUUGACUCCAGAACAACUCCGACCAUUGCUGGAUAACUACGACUUCUUCGGAGAGUGGUACGAACUUCAACAUGUGAAUUCAGAAACAUCCGAAAACACACCACCGGAGGCUAAACGACCGAAAACACUUCAGGAUAAGGUAGUGGUAUUCUGUGCAAUUAAAUUUUUGCUGUUAGGUGGGUCCGGCGUUGCCAGAGUCCGAAAUAUUCAAUGAACGAAUCCGUCAUCGAUUGGAGAGAUGCGUUAGAGCAACGAUUGAGAGUAUAACCCCAGCCUCACAAAAUACCCAAUCAGCUGCAUUUACCUGGAAUGCAGAAAUCCCCAGAAAAUUCCUGCAACUUCCAGGGACUUGGGCUAAACCAAGGGCAACAGGUCAAUUGGUGGGAAAUCUGCAUGUCGAUGUCUCGUUUUGCCGAGCUAAUGGGGUCAUUGAAACUCUAGAAGGAAAGAGAGUACGUUUAGUUGGCCGAGCAUAGCAUUUUGCAUGCAUCCCAGAUGAAAUAAUAUUUUUAGGUUGGAGUCAACAAGGCCGUGAUGUCAUGUUUCAGCGAUUUCCUCCGUCAAGCCUUUUAUGGUCAUAAUUUGGAAGCCGAGGCCGGUCAUGUAGUCCUUCCUCGAUAUACUCAUCGUACUCUCUUGGCGUUCCUGGCAUCGAUUAUGCAUGAGGCGAAGGGAUCUGGUGGAUUUAAGGGGGAUUGGUUCAGAAAAGAAUUGGAUUUGGCCUUGGAUAUGUUGGAUCUGGCCAUCUUUCUGCAAUCUCCGAGAAUGAUCAACUCCUUGGCCAAGUCUCUCGUUGAGAAUGCCACACCCCUCACUUACGUCCUUAUUGCACAUCGGAUUGGUAAGAAUAUCCGGACGAUACGAUGCAAUCAUCGUCUGUAUAAAUUCAACGGGUAACUUCAGGUGACCAUCAAAAAGAGUACUAUGAGUUGUUAUGGAAGAAGAUUCUUGCUAAUUUCUAUGAGCUUAUCCAUAAUAACACUUGCCGGUUGUUAAGAAAAAACGAAUUUGAACGUGCUUUGAAGGAACAGUCCAAUAUCUCCAAGCUCGAGGAAUUGGAGGCGUUGAAAGGAUGGUGUCGUUAUAAUGAGAAGAAUGGAGGUGAUCCUAAAGAUGGACACACGUUUAGACAAUUUCAACAUGUAAGACUUUUGAAUAUUUUGAUAAUUAGAUGACGGCAAGAUACCGUUAUUUUAGUCGAAUCUUCAAGAGGAACCCGCUUCUUCGACUGGAACGCCCUUCUUCGUCUCUUCCCAACAUCGUCUACCGUAUUCGGUCUUGGCGGUCCUUGGUGGGUGGGCGACUGCUGGCCCAACAGCAAAGGCAGAGGUGUUCGAUUCCUAUGAAGAACGAUGGAUUGAACCCUUGGAUAAUGUUCUUGGUCUAACCUCUCCUCGAUCUUACCAUGAGAUUGUCCCCAUGGCGAAACAGAAAAGAUUGUUUGUGGUCGGAGGAUUUGAUGGAGACAAUUAUUAUGACGGAUCCUGUAUCUACAAUCUCGAGAAGAAAGUAGGUGACUAUAGUCAUGUCAUAAAAUAACCUAUUGUUAUUCACAGGGAUGGGAGGAUAAUUGUCAUGCAUUUAUGAACGAGAAGAGAUGUUAUGUGAGUGCUUGUCCCCUGGAUGAACACCAUAUAAUGGCUGUGGGAGGAUACAACAACAGAAUCAGACUCCAAUCAACUGAGAUUUUGAAUACGACCGUCAACUUGUGGUCGAAUGGAGCCAGAAUGAACCAUAUCAGGUAGGAGAUAAGAUGUUAAAGUGCGAUACUUUUUAUUUUAGAAGCGAUUGUCAUGUUACUUUACACGACGAGAAGGUGUAUGUGGUUGGUGGAUUCGAUGGAAAUAGUUGUCAUCAGACUGCUGAGUUCUACGAUUCUGUGGAGAAUAGAUGGUAUAAUGUGGGAAGGAAGAUGAGAGACAAAAGAAGCGGAGUUUGCUCGAUAUCCAUCAAAGGGGCCAUCAUGGUGGCGGGGGGAUUCACGGGAAGAAAUCGACUUACUUCCUGCGAAUUCUAUGAUCCCAGAGAGGGGCAAUGGCACGUUAUUGCAUCUAUGAACAGUUCCAGGUAAUGUGGGAAGAUUAGUAAUCCAAAAAAUAAUAUUACAGAUCAAACUUUGGAAUCUCCAAACUGAGAGACCAAAUAUACGUGGCUGGUGGAUACGAUGGAAAUGGGACUACUACAAGAUGCGAAAAGUUUGACAUUAGAUUAAAUAAGUGGUAUGAGAUUCCCGAAUUGAAAGUACGCCGAUCAGCGUUGUCGAUGUGUACCCUGGAGGGAGAUUGUGUCCAUCCAGAGUUCAUCCAAGAGCGUAAGCUUGCUUAA